UUGGCUGAGGGGAAGAAUAGCGUCACGGCCACAGUGAGGGGAGCUCUGAGGAUGCACGGCUGAGCUGGGAGGAAACACAUUACAUUCACUGGGAGUUUGCAUGGAGAAGAGCUGAGCCUUCAACCAGCUGCACACUGGGAAGUGGCAUCUUCUGCAAAUUAAUACGACCCUCAGGUGAUAUCGUCUGGACUCAACCAUCCCCUUAAGGACUCUUCAUAUCCAGCCGUCGUUGAUCCGUCUGCUCUAACAGCUCUCCAGCUAUGAACUACCUGCGCCGGCGUCUCUCUGACAGCACCUUCAUCUCCAACCUGCCCAAUGGCUACAUGACGGACCUCCAGAGGCCUGAUCCCGCUCAGCCGCCUUCCCCAGCUACAGCAGCCCCACCCAAAUCUCCCACGGUGGGGUCGACGCCGCCCGUCACCUCCCCUACCCCCUCCCCGGCCCCGGAGAGGAAACCCCAGCCGUCCCAGUCCAGUGGGGCAGGCUUCUUCAGCUCCAUAACCAACGUAGUCAAGCAGACUGCUGCCUCAGCAGGGCUGGUGGAGCAGUCCGCGGUCACGACACCCAAGAAGUUCAAGAUCCUCCUGGUCAUCGAUGAACCACAGCAGGAAUGGGCCAAACUCUUCAGAGGGAAGAAAGUACAUGGAGAUUAUGACAUCAAAGUCGAACAGGCUGAGUUCAGUGAGAUCAACAUCAUAGCUCAUGCCAAUGGGAGCUGUAAUGUGGACAUGCAGGUUCUGAGAAAUGGUACCAAGGUGGCCAGGUCAUUCAAGCCUGACUUUGUCCUUAUCCGCCAGCAUGCCUUCAGUAUGACCCAGAACGAGGACUUCCGUAACCUGAUCAUUGGUCUGCAAUAUGGGGGCAUCCCCAGUAUCAACACCCUGGAGUCCAUCUACAACCUGUGUGACAAGCCCUGGGCGUUUGCACAGCUAAUAAGCACCUACAGGAAGCUUGGUGCAGAGAAGUUCCCUCUGAUUGAACAGACCUUCUAUCCCAACUACAAGGAUAUGGUUGCCAUGCCAACGUUUCCUGUCGUUGUGAAAAUUGGGCACGCUCACUCAGGAGUAGGAAAGGUGAGGGUAGAUAACCACAGUAAAUUCCAGGACAUUGCCAGUGUGGUGGCUCUCACCCAAACCUACACCACCACUGAGCCUCUCAUUGACUCCAAGUACGACAUCAGGAUCCAGAAGAUUGGCAAUGACUACAAAGCUUACAUGAGGACCUCAAUCUCUGGCAACUGGAAGACCAACACAGGCUCAGCCAUGCUGGAACAAGUGGCCAUGACUGACAGGUACAAGCUGUGGGUUGACACCUGCUCAGUGAUCUUCGGAGGGUUGGAUAUCUGUGCUGUCAAAGCCAUUCAUGGGAAGGAUGGGAAAGAUUACAUAACGGAGGUGGUGGGGUCCUCCAUGCCACUGGUAGGAGAGCAUCAGGCAGAGGACAGGCAGCUCAUCACUGACAUGGUGGUAGCCAAGAUGAACCAGGCAGUAGGACGGACACCCACUGGGUCCCCUAACAGACCCACCACCAUGCAGCCAUCACAGAGUGGUGGCCAGAAGGACCUCGUGGUUGAUCCCAAGACUGGCACUGCACACCCCCCUCAAGGUUGUCUGCAGUACAUUCUCGACUGUAAUGGCGUUGCAGUGGGGCCAAAACCCGUUCAGGCCAACUGAGUAGCCCGCCAGGGAGGAAGUCUAUCUAAUAUCGAAAUGAUGAUGACGUACAUUAGCUGGACACAAGCGGGGAGGGUGUUGGGGGGGAGAGACGGUAGACGGACUGAGAUGUGGCUGGUAUUAGUUUGGGCCAGAGUGUAGUGCUGGCCUGGACUGUGUUUUUCCUCUAUGCAGUGUCAAGAUGUACUGUUAACGUGUUUCCCUGUUGAUUUAGUGUGCUUGUAACGGUCGCCUCUGUUUAUCUGUAGCCGUGGUUCUUUGGGGCUGUUGUUGACAGUGUAAUAAGCAGAUUGUGCCUACACUGAGUCCAGUGCUGCUGUGUGUGCCCAAUGUUUGAUUCAGUCAUUAUUCAUUAUUUGCCCUCCCUCUACCCCCCCCCCAUUUAUUUCUCCAUUUUGGUGUGUACUUUUAGAUAUUGUUCAAACUGUGGUUUGUCGUGCAGUUUGACGUUUGUGUAUAUGUCAAUAUGUACAUGUUGGUGCGUAUGACUGUAGUGGUAAUUAUUUUCAUACAUAUACUAAUACAAUAGAUAUUUAUUUUUGUUUUGCAUGUAUGAUAUUCAGGCAGGUAACAGUAUGUUUUUUUUCCUUCUCAUUCUGGAUGUUUCUUUAGUGACGCCACUAUUAUUCUUUUGAUCCAAACUAUGGUCCUUGUGAUUUAUGCAUUGUGAAUGUGUCAUAAUAACAAAUGCAUAUUGUAUAAGUUAAACAAAAUAGAUGUAUGCAUAAACAACCAAAUGUUAGAGCCAAGAAAGCUGAUGAGCACCUGCAUACAUACAGCCAGAUCCCUGCUAUGUAAACUUUCAUUCCAUGCGUUGUUUGAAAGGAUAUGAUAUAUAGAUUUGUCUUUGUCCAUUAUUAGCAGAUAGCUUACCCAUCAAGAUACUUCCAUCAGUGAAUGUUGCUAUAACAACCAACGCUUAGAAAGACCGUUCUUUGACAGUUUUAGAACCUGUCUCUUAUGCACAGAACACAGCCAUAGCUGUUUUCAUGUGUAUGAGGACAAGCAUAUUAGAUUAGACUUACACAAUUACAAUAGACUACUGUAAAAGAAAAUAUUUAAAAAAGUCCUGUUGUUUUUAUGGUAACUUACUGGCAGACAGUUACCUGUACGUUACUGUAAAAAAAAGUACAGUAUGUUACUGUAAAUUCAAAAUAAACUUUGGUUUAACAGUACAUUAGUACGUUUUACAGUAAUGCACUGUUAAACCAGUUUCUUUAGAAUUUAUGGUAACAUACUGUACUUUUUUUUUUUUUACAGGUACCUGGCUGCCAAUAAAUUACUGUAAAAACAGGAUGUUAUUUAGUGUACCAUUUUUUAGCCUAAUAAUACAUAUUUGACUCAUUAUCACGCAAGCACGUAUAUGGGAUUGGUUUGUGGCAGCUGCAGUUGCGAUCGUGAGAGGAGAGAUUUUAUGUGAUAGAUUUAGAGAGUAACUAACUAUGAUAUAUUCAAACGCUCUCAUUCAUUCCAAUAAUUAAGAUACAUUAACAUAAUGACUCUAGAGGUUUGUCUGUAAACUAAUAAGAUUCCAGUAACAACCGUUGCCUCUUUGGCCAACGAUUAAUGUGUCAAUCUGUUUUUAUUUAUAUAUAUAUAUUUCAGGAAGUAGUCAAAUUAGUUCUGUCACUUUAAAUUAUAUUGUCAAGUCAAAAAAACUAAACUGGGAUCAGUUAAAUGAUCAACGUGUUACAUAAUAUAUCUGAAAUUUUAGGUAUGAGGUUUCUGAUUCUACCAUAAGCGCACCGUCCGUGCAGAAUAUCAACAACCAUAUUGGUGUUGCCAUGACAACAGUGAUGGUGCUCUGUUUUGCAGUGAUGAUGUGCGUGGAGUUAUGCUUAUGUUACUGCCAUUUAAGGAUUCUUUGACAUAUUUGCCUUAUACUCCCUCUGAGUUAAUGGAGUGCAAUAUAUAUGUUUUUAACUUUAUAUUCUUUAUAUUUUUAUUACCAGAUAUUAUUCCAUAAUUUAUUCAUACAGCUACAUUCACAAGUGGGAUACAAACAUUUUCCCAUUAAAAACACCUGCAUUAAGUAGCAGUUAAUAAUGUAGAAUCCAUGCAUGUCUCCUAUUUGGUACAAUGGUCAUACUGCACAACUAAGAAUACAGCUAUAUCAACACCAUUGUAAAUGUGUGUCACAUUCUAAAACACACUUUUGUUUGUUACUAACAGAAUUGUACAAAUGAACUAUGUUAGCAAGCUCUAUGUGCAAUUUAUGUUCCAACGUGUAUGAAAUGCCAUUGUGUCUGUGCAGAUAACCCAGAGAGUAACCCUGUUAAAAGCCUUACCUGUGGCUUUGUGUUGUGGUUUGUGGGGCAAACUGCCAUGACGUUCCUAUAAAAGGGAGGAUAGAGUGGAGGCACCAAGGUCCUUAAUAGUUGCACGGUGAGGAAUUUGUUGUGUAACUAAUUGAUCAAAGGCGCUAUUGUCAGUGGAAACUCAAAAUCAGCCAUCCUGCCCAGGGUGAAACUCCUUCGCUGGCUUAGUUUUUCAUACCGGAUGGGUUGCAGCCAUUUGGGACCAGGGUGGCCACCAACUGUUAAGUGUGUUCUCUUGGAUCUAGUGUUGAAUUGUUUGAAAGAAUUCAGUACAGAUAACAAUACAUUGUGGAAAAAAAUUCCCUAACUGGAUAUUUUGCUCCUGUCACUGGCAAUAAAGCUUCCUUUGCGGUAUAUGCUCA